AGAGAAGUUGGAAACUCCUUCCCCUUGUCUUAGGGUUUCCAUUAAUUCCUUUCCUCCAGCUCCCAGGUUUUGCCACUCUCUCCUCUCUCAUCAACUUACUCGCACCUCACCAAUUGUUCCAAAUUUCUGAUUAGAAGAAAUUUCUUCCUGCUGAAAUCUUAUUAUUGGGUGAUUUUCUCCUUCUACAUUGAAUCUGCAAUUUCCUUCCCUAGCAAUUCUGAUGAAUUCCCUGGAAAACCAAGUACCCCCUCAAACCCACCAUUUUUUCUCGAAAUUGAGAUACUUCUAUUUAUUUUCCAUACUAGUUGUAUUUCUGGCAAUCUUAUUCAGUUUCGCAAACACAGGCCAUUACAAAAUUCAACUUCUAAAGACAACUCACUCUAGCCAUUUUCACAAACUCCUAGGGUUUCUUCACUCAACCCCCAAAAUAAAACAAAACCCACAAACAAACCCUAAUCCCAAACCCCCUUACUGUGUCCUAUGGAUGGCCCCUUUUCUCUCUGGUGGUGGGUAUAGCUCAGAAGCUUGGUCUUAUAUCUUGGCCUUACAGUAUGGAAACCCUAGUUUUAGAAUGGGUAUUAACCAACAUGGUGAUCAGGAAAUUGUAGAGUUUUGGGAGGGUUUGCCAAUGGAAAUGAGGAAACUGGCUUUUGAGCUUCAUAGAACAGAAUGUGAAGUGGAAAACACCAUUGUGGUAUGCCACAGUGAGCCUGGUGCUUGGUACCCCCCUCUGUUUCAGACAGUCCCAUGCCCACCGACUGGUUACGGGCAUUUUAGGCACGUAAUUGGUCGGACCAUGUUUGAGACUGAUCGGUUGAAUAUUGAACACGUUAGGCGGUGUAAUCAAAUGGAUUCCGUUUGGGUUCCUACCAAUUUCCACGUAUCUGCAUUUGUAGACAGCGGGGUUGAUCCAUCGAAGGUUGUGAAAGUCAUUCAACCUGUCGAUGUGAAGUUCUUCGAUCCUGAUAAGUACAUGCCGCUGGAACUUUCCUCUAGAGGGAAACUAGUUUUGGGAUCAAAUUCAUUGAAGAGUUCCAAUUCCAAUACGAAGUUCGUGUUCUUGAGUAUUUUCAAGUGGGAAUACCGGAAGGGAUGGGAUGUGUUGUUGCUGGCAUACUUAAAGGAAUUCUCAUAUGGUGAUGGGGUUGUUUUAUACUUGUUGACGAAUCCGUACCAUUCUGAUAGGGAUUUUGGUGACAAGAUAGUGGAUUUUGUCGAGGAUUCCGAUUUGGUGAAACCGGUUGAUGGUUGGGCUCCAAUUUAUGUGAUAGACUCCCAUAUUCCUCAUGUUGAUCUACCUCGGUUAUACAAGGCUGCUGACGUGUUUGUUCUUCCCUCAAGAGGAGAAGGGUGGGGCCGCCCUAUUGUGGAGGCGAUGGCGAUGUCAUUGCCGGUUAUCACGACAAAUUGGUCUGGACCCACAGAGUACUUAACGGAGGAAAAUAGCUAUCCCUUGCCGGUAGAUGUGAUGAGCGAAGUAUUUGAAGGACCGUUUAAAGGGCAUUUAUGGGCUCAACCGUCUGUUGAUAGGCUUAGAGUUUUGAUGAGGCGUGUUGUGAGCACUCCUGAGGAAGCUAAAGCCAAAGGGAGGAGAGCGAGGGAGGACAUGAUCGGUAGAUUUUCUCCGGAGAUUGUUGCUGGGAUUGUGACUGAUCAUGUAUUGCAGAUACUCAACAAGACUGCCGGAAUUAUUUAGUUUUCACGUCCAGUAACUUGUUUUGAAAAAUCUUGUUUAGGCUGCUGGAGUUGGGGAGGAGUUGAUCACAAGUUUGUUUGUCAUUUGAAUUGCUGCACAGAAUAGCUUUUUUUGGGGGAUUGAGAGCCAGUGUGGUGAGUGAUUUGAUGAAAAACGGUAAGAAAUGGAAUGCAGCAGGAUUUCACAACUA